UGUAAGUAUAGUUAUGUUAUGCUAUAAAAGGGAAUACAAACCUUUCCUUUUAUUGAACUCCAUUACUUUUAUUUCUCUCUCAUUCUUCUCUGAACUUCAAGUUUUACUUUUUUUUCCUAUUUUGUUUUGGUUCUUUGAUCUAACCUAAUCAGUCCACCUAAUAUCUCAAGAACAGGGUUUGGUUGUUUGUUGGGAAAGAAAGUGAAGAAUGGCUAGAGAGAAAAUAAAGAUAAGGAAGAUCGAUAACAUUACAGCAAGACAGGUGACAUUUUCGAAGAGGAGACGAGGAAUUUUCAAGAAAGCUGAAGAACUUUCUGUUCUUUGCGAUGCUCAAGUGGCGCUCAUCAUUUUCUCUGCUACUGGCAAGCUUUUUGAGUAUUCUAGCACCAGUAUGAAGGACAUAAUUGCAAGGUAUAAUCUGCACUCUAAUAAUCUCGGCAAGCUUGACCAACCGUCUCUCGAAUUGCAGCUAGAGAAUAGCAAUAACCUCCGGUUGAGCAAGGAGGUUGCUGAAAAGACCCAACAACUAAGGCAGAUUAGGGGAGAGGAUUUACUUGGAUUAAGUAUAGAUGAAUUGCAGCAGUUGGAGAAAGUGCUUGAAUCAGGACUUACAUGUGUCAUUAAAACUAAGGGAGAACGGAUUAUGAAUGAGAUCGCUAGACUUGAGAAGAAGGGAGCACAACUUGAGGAAGAGAAUAAACAGCUAAAACAGAAAAUGAUGACAAUGUGUAAGGGUAAAAGAGGUAUAGAUUUGGAAUCAGAUGCUGGUGUGCAGGAAGAAGGAUUCUCGCCGGAGUCUGUUACCACCAAUAAUGUCUGCAGCUGCAGCGGUGGUCCUCCUGUUGAAGAUGAUAGCUCCGAUACUUCUCUCAAACUAGGACUUCCCUUUUGAAUACAACGGGAGCUGGGAAGAUAAUCAAAAUUAUCAAUUUAUAUCUAUGAAGAGCUUAAAUUUAAUUUGGAAGUAAUGAAACCUGUUACAUGUUCAGACUUGAUCACUUAAUUUGUUUUCCUUAGUAUGAGUUUGUGUAAGAAACUAAAAUUAAGACAGACCUAGUUUUAACUGUAGUCUAACUAUAUGACAGUUGGUUCUUUGAUCAAUUAGGUCAUCGAUCUAACUGAUUAAUUAUCUGAAAAGCUGCAAUUAACAUGUGUUUGCAUGUU